AUGAACGACUCGGAUUGCAUGCUGCUGCAGCGCAUUAUGGCAGCAGGAGUGAUGGAAGAAGAGAAGGUGCAGCGUCUAGCUAGGAAACUUACGGGCGAAGAAAUGACUUUGUCCGAUGUAAAUCAACUGGUGAAUAGUAUAGCAGAUAGUAUACGGCCAUUUGCUCUCGACGUGCGUCGAGGGAUGUUCGAUGACGGAAAAAUGUACCUGGCUGUCGUCAAUACGGGUAAUGACUCAUUGGCAGCGUUUGGCAGUAACUACAAACCAUGGGAAAUCGUAUUUCUUCGUAAGGCGAUGGAGGAAAUCGUGGACACAGAGAAAGGUGCUUUGGAGGAGUCGAGAUUAUACAACCUACGCAUAAGUCCUAUAACCUUAAACGAAGUUGAGGAACUACUCCGCAAACUAACAGCCGAGAAGUGGCUUGCUUCCAGUGGUGCGCAACUGCCAACACGCAGCUUUACGCUUGGUCCCCGUGCGUACUUGGAGCUUGUUGCGUUCCUCCGUGACUUGCAAGUGAAGAAAUGCCCGAUUUGCCAGUACGAGUUACUCCAGGGGGCGAAAUGUCAGGACAAAAAUUGUGACAUUAUAGCCCACAGCGGAUGCAUUGAUAAGUAUGAGAACAGAAAAGUCCGCUACAAGUGUCCUACCUGCAGGAACCGAUUUCGACGAUAA